AAACCAUGCUAGGACAGGAUCCAUAAAAGAAACCUAUACCGAUAUGUUCUCGCACCGUCACUCUGCAUAUCAACCUGCACAAAGAAAAAAACAUUUUCGAGUUGCAAAAGAACACUACCGUUCAUUACUCUGAAAUGGCUCCGAGUUUUGAAGAUGCAGAUUCAUUGUUCAACUUUGUUGUCAACCAAGGUAACGGUGUCAAAGGCCUUGUAGAUUCUGGUAUAUCAAAAGUGCCUGAGCGGUACAUUCAGCCACCGUGUGAGAGGAUAUCAAAGCCUGAUGGCUAUCAGGUGUACGAGCAUCUGCCUAUUGAUUUAUCGAAACUUGAUGGACCUGAGCACGACAAAGUGGUUCGUGAUAUUGCCAGUGCAGCUGAAACACUAGGCUUCUUUCAAGUGGUCAACCAUGGCUUGCCCUUGGAUUUACUAGAGUCGCUUAAAGAAGCGGCUCACAAGUUUUUUGAUCAACCAGCCGAGAAGAAAGCUGUCUAUCUUAAAGGAGCGAGUCCUAGUCCUUCUGUCAAGUAUGGGACUAGUUUUAUUCCAGAUAAAGAGAAGGCUCUGGAGUGGAAAGACUACAUUAGCAUGCAUUACACUAGUGAUCAAGAUGCUCAUCAAUUUUGGCCUCAAGAUUGCAAGGAAGUUGCUCUGCAGUACUUGAAGAUGUCGAUGAAUAUGAUUAAAACAGUGCUGAGAAUUCUACUUGAAAACCUCGGGGUGAAGCUUGAAGAAUCUAAAAUAGAUGGACUUCUGGGGUUUAAAAUGGUGAACAUGAACUAUUACCCUGCAUGCCCCAAUCCGGAUCUGACUGUGGGAGUGGGGCGUCACUCGGAUGUCGGAAUGUUGACGGUGUUGCUGCAAGAUGGGAUCGGAGGAUUAUAUGUUAGACGAGAAGGAAGCACGAACGGUGAUGACUGGUUAGAGAUUCCUCCUGUUUCCGGUGCUCUGGUAAUCAAUGUUGGCGAUACAUUACAGAUCUUAAGCAAUGGAAAGUACUUGAGUGCUGAGCACAGAGUGCGUACCACAAGCAAGCAAUCAAGAGUUUCAAUCCCGGUUUUCACAUCGCCUAACCCAACAGAGACUAUUGGGCCGUUCCCAGAACUAGUGGAGCGUGACGGGGUGGCUCAUUAUAGAGACGUCUUGUAUGCAGAUUACAUGAACAACUUUUUUUCAAAUGCUCACGAAGGAAAGAAGUCCCUUGAUUUCGUUCAGAAAAACAACCACACUGCUGCUUGAAAAUGUUUGUUUCAUGUUUAAUUGUUUGGUUGUUCCGGAGACUUGUGUCUGUGCUGUUGCAGGAUUCCUGUAGUAGUUAAUCAGGAACCUAAUAAGAACCUCCAUGAUGUCAGUACAUGGAAUAUGAUGAUUUCAUUUGGCCAUUAAUUCAAUUUGUCCUUGCUAA